AUGGCAAAGAGAAAAAGAAUCACACUCUCAAGAACCAGUGGGGAAGUUGACACAAACAGUUGCAGCACAUCAUCAAGGGUCGAGAAGGGACACUUUGGGGUGUAUAGCUCUGAUGAGAAGCGGUUUGUGCUUCCAUUGGAAUAUCUGAAGAACGAAAUUGUGAUGGAGUUGUUCCAACUGGCAGAAGAGGAGUUCAGGCUUCAAGCCUUGCUCCAGUACAUAGUCUCCAUUGUUCAACAAGGGACGGAAAGACGCAUGGAGAAGGCUAUGCUUGGUUCUAUUUUUACUACUACGUUUGCACCUCUUUCCAUUAAGGACAGACACACCAACAAUCGCUUGUUUGUGGACACUGGAACAACUUACACUAUAGAAAUGUAG